CGUCCACGGCGAGAACGUGGAUGCGCUUGCGCCAUAGCUGCCUUUUAUCGGGGACCGACAACUUUUUGCGGAGGAGAAGCUAUUCGGCCGCAAAUUGGCCACGAUUGGCUCGCUCUGGUUUGGUGCCGGGUAGUAAGGGCUGCCGGCAGGUCGGCGGCAGCUGCCUGGGCAGAAACUAAUAGGCAAUCCGCCCCUUAUAUCGUCCCAUCCGGAACGGACUCACCGGAUGGUAGCAGCUGAAGGGAAUUUCCUGCAGUGGCUCGGCCGGCUGUUCUGGGUGGCGGACCUGUGCUGCGGCGGCGGCUCGGCGGAUCUGGGGGUCGUCUUUCGGCUGCGGCGGCGGCGACGGCUCCGACGUUUGCUCUGGCCGGCGGACUUGGGUUGCGGCAGCUCUGGCCGGUGGACUUGGGUGGCGGCAGCUCUGGCCGGUGGUCGUUCUGACCGCGGCGGAUUCAGCGACGCGGUGACCAGCAGCUUUGGCGGAUUCGGCGACGCGGUGGCCAGCAGCUCUGGCGGAUUCGGCGACGCGGUGGCCAGCAGCUUUGGCGGAUUCGGCGACGCGGUGGCCAGCAGCUAUGGUGGAUUCGACGAUCCGGUGGCCAGCAGCUCUGGCGACGGCUCCAGGAAAACGGCACUGGGUGGCUCUGAGGCGACGCCUCAGGCAACGGCACUGGGUGGCGAUCGGUCACGUCGUCCACCUCGAUUCCGGGAUCACGUUUUUUUCUUUUAGACUUUAACCGCUCGAAAAUUACACACGUUAUCCAUCCAGA